AUGUCUGAUUUUCAGAAGCAAUUCUUAGCGGUGAACAUGAAUUUCCAAUCAAAGCAGGAUGAUCAGAAGCGGCAAAUAAGGGAAGCGACUGAGGAAUUCUCCGAUUCCUCUUCCGAAAAAACUUCUCUCAAUAAUCCCUUUUUAAACUCCGACGUUGCGAACCAUUACAGGCAACUGUAUGAUAGCUGUGGCUAUGAGGGACGGAGCGUUUUUGAUCCGGAAUUCGAAUGGACACCAGACGAGGAAAAAACACUGGUGAGAAAGCUUAAUUGGAGGGUGGCUAUCCCAGCAUGUUUUAUGUUUGUUGCGUUACAGGUAGAUAGAGGAAAUUUGGCACAGGCUGUGGCUGACAACUUAUUGAAAGAUAUGAAAAUGACAACUAAUGAUUACAACGUUGGUAAUCAAAUCUUCUACGCGACAUUUCUUGUUGCAGAAGUACCCUCACAGCUUAUUUCGAAAAGGCUUGGUCCCGACGUUUUUAUUCCGAUUCAAAUGUGUGCUUGGAGUAUUGUUUCAAUGUCUCAAGGCGCAAUGAACAACAAGGCAGGUUUUUAUAUUACUCGCGCGCUCAUUGGACUUUUGGAGGGCGGUUUUAUUGGCGACCUUGUUCUUUGGCUGUGCUAUUUUUUUACUGCGAAAGAACUCUCCGUGCGUCUUUCCUGGUUUUGGACGUCCUUAUCAAUUGUUCAGAUUGUAACCGCUCUGCUCGCUUUCGCUAUUUUGAGAAUGAGAGGGGUUUGUGGCCUUUUUGGUUGGCAGUGGCUUUUCAUAAUCGAGGGAGCCUUCACUCUGUUGAUCGGGUUGUCGGGAUUUUAUUUGAUGGUGCCAUCGGCGGUUCAAACAAAAAACAGAUUGCAUCCGAAGGGCUGGUUCACUGAAAGGGAAGAAAAGAUUGUCGUUAACAGAGUGUUGCGAGAUGAUCCUUCAAAGGGCGACAUGAGCAAUCGGCAACCGUUAGGUUUAAGGCAGCUUUGGUCAGGUAUAACGGAUUUCCAUCUGUGGCCCAUUUAUGCUGUCGGGUUGAUUGCAUAUAUUCCUGUUGGUACGUUCACUCCUUACCUCACAUUAAACUUGAGGCAAUUAGGCUUCUCUACUUUCAAUGUUCAGUUACUUACAAUCCCGUACAAUUUUAUUCACAUCAUACUUCUGCUUUCAAUUACCUGGUUUUCGGAAAGGAUAAACGAGAGAGCGCUGCUGUCAACCCUAGCUCCGAUUUGGUCGACAUUUUUUUUGGGUCUCAUAAGAUGGUGGCCUGGAGCAAUGGUUAAACCCUGGCCAACCUACGCUUUGACAACACUAUUUUUGGGUCAACCUUACAUUCAUGCUAUUUGCGUGUCGUGGGUAUCUCGCAAUUCCAACUCAAUUAGAAGUCGUGCGGUGUCAACCUCCCUUUACAACAUGUUCGUUCAACUUGGCUCUAUCAUUGCCAAUCAAUUUUACCGAGCAGACGACAAACCUCUCUAUCAUAGAGGUAACAUGCAACUCUUCUUCGUUUCUGCAGGCACCAUUGGUUUACUUUUCGUUGUUAAAUGGUAUUAUAUGUUCCAAAAUAAUAAGCGAGAGAAAAUCUGGGCAGAAAUGACAGAGGAGGGGAGAACUGAGUAUGUAUUACAAACACAAGACAGCGGGAACAGAAGAUUGGAUUUUCGUUUCGCGCACUAA